AACCACCCCAAAUCCCGCGCCCCCCAAAUCCCCAACCGAAACCGCGCGCACUCCACUCCACCCUCACCCCCCCCCCCCCCCCCCCCCCCCCCCCAGAUCCACCCCCGCCCAGGCCGAGAUGCUCGUCCAGGACCGCGUGCUCCCGGAGCACGCCGGGAGCAACAAGUCGCCCAAGUCCCCGCGCGCCGCGCCGGGGUCGGACCGGCGCCACCCGCGCCCCUUCGCCAAGAGCCUCGACUUCAGCAACUGGGCCUCCGAGCACUCCUCCAGGCUGCUGCUCCUCCUCUUCGCCGUCGCCUCCGUCGCCGCCGUCUUCCUCCUCCGCGGCGCCGGCCCGGACGCCGCCGCGCUCCUCUGCCUCGACCGCUCCAGCUCCCGCUCCGCCGCCGGCCCCGCCAAGCUCCCCUACCCGGACGUCGCCUGGUCCAAAAUCCCGCCGAUCGCCAUCGCCUCGGCGGCCCCCUUCGCCUCCUUCCGCGCCGAGAGGUGGAUCGUCGUCUCCGUCUCCUCCCCGCCCACCGCCGCGCUCGCCGCGCUCACCCGACUCAAGGGCUGGCAGCUCCUUGCCGUCGGCAACUCGCACACCCCCUCCGACUGGGACCUCAAGGGCGCCAUCUUCCUCUCCCUCGACCUGCAGGCGCAGCUCGGCUACCGCUCGGUUGACUUCCUGCCCUACGCCUCCCACGUCCGCAAGACGGCCGGCUACCUCUUCGCCAUCCAGCACGGGGCCAAGCUGAUCUUCGACGCCGAUGACCGCGCCGAGGUGCCCGGGAAUGAUCUCGGCAAGCAUUUCGAUGUUGAUCUCGGAUCUGGCAUCGCCAACCACCCCGUGCUGCUCCAGUACAGCCACGCGGAUCCCAACCGCACUGUGGUCAACCCCUAUGUGCACUUCGGCCAGCGCUCGGUGUGGCCGCGGGGGCUGCCGCUGGAUAAGGUCGGGGAGGUGGCGCACGAGGCGUUCUACACUGAGAUCUUCAGUGGCCGCCAGUUCAUUCAGCAGGGGUUGUCUGACGGUUUGCCGGAUGUGGAUGCGGUCUUCUACUUCACGAGAAAGCCGCCAACAGCGCCAUUCGACCUGAGGUUUGAUCCAGAGGCCCCCAAGGUGGCGCUUCCACAGGGCAUGAUGGCGCCAGUGAACUCCUUCAAUACAUUGUUCCACGCACAAGCUUUCUGGGGCCUGAUGAUGCCUGUUUCAGUGAGCUCAAUGGCGGCAGAUGUCAUCCGUGGGUACUGGGCUCAGCGCAUCUUGUGGGAGAUUGGUGGGUAUGUGGCUUUCUACCCACCAACUAUUUACCGGAAGGAUCAUGUGCAGGCCUACCCUUUCGCAGAGGAGAAGGAUCUGCAUGUGAAUGUUGGUAGAUUGAUCAAAUUCCUGAACGAGUGGAGGUCAAACAAGCAGAGCCUGUUCGAGAAGAUUCUUGAUUUAAGCUAUGCCAUGGCUGAGGAGGGGUUCUGGAUGGAGCAGGAUGUGAGAUUGACAGCUGCUUGGCUGCAGGAUCUUCUGGCAGCAGGGUAUCGGCAGCCUCGGCUCAUGUCAUUGGAGAUUGACAGGCAACGGGCAACCAUUGGGGAGGGUGACAUGAAGGAGUUUGUGCCCAAGAAGCUGCCAUCCGUGCACCUUGGGGUUGAUGAAAUCGGCACAGUGAACUAUGAGAUUGGAAAUCUGAUCAAGUGGCGAAAGAACUUUGGUAAUGUCGUGCUCAUCAUGCAUGUUAGUGGACCUGUAGAUCGUGUAGCCUUGGAAUGGAGGCUGCUAUAUGGACGGAUAUUCAAGACCGUUAUCAUUCUUGCGGAGCAGAGCAAUGCAGAGCUUGCUGUUGAACGCUGCGCUCUGUCACAUGCAUACAAGUAUCUGCCCAAGGUGUUUGGAAGAUACGGUGGUGCUGAUGGAUUUCUCUUCCUCCAAGACCACAUGAUUCUUAAUUACUGGAACCUUCUGCAAGCCGACAAGGAAAAACUCUGGAUAACUGAUAAGAUUGCACAUUCUUGGGUUACUAUUCCACUGGAGAGCAAUAAAGAAGAAUGGUUUGUUAAGCAAGGUGCUAUGGUUAAGCAGGUCGUUGGCAGUUCCCCUGUUCAUUUCCAGACCAGUUAUAAAGAAAGCAUGGGCGAAGACAAGAUCGUAUUUUGUGGCAGUGAACUGUUCUAUGUGCCCCGACGGUUUGUUGAGGACUUUGGUGAUCUUGUGAGUCUCGUUGGCAAUUUGGAUCUGCAUCAUAAGAUUGCGGUCCCGAUGUUCUUCUUGGCGAUGGAUUCGCCUCAAAAUUUUGAUUCGGAAGCUCUGGCCGGAACAGUUUUCAAGACCAACUUGGCAGCCAAUGAGACUUUCGCAAAUAUUUAUACAGCGCAGUCACCUGCUGUUUUCCCAGUUAAAGUGAUGAACGAGAUUGAUUUCAUAAAGGUAAUUCGGCUGAUGUCCAAGGGAGACCCUCUUCUGAUGGAGUUGGUAUAAAUAUUCAUUUGUGUAGCUGAAAUGCAAAGCAUUAUCUGUGUGGCAAUGAGGACAGAGUAGACAACGAUAGUUUUGAGUUUUCAGGAGGUUCUCUGUUGUAAUUGCAUUUAUUCUGUAGCUGUUCAUUUCAAAGGUGUUGUAUAUUGUGUUGUAUCAAUAGUGACAAAGGUUACUGGGGUUCAGCUCGGUCCGGCUGUCCUGCUGAAGGAAAGAAAGGAUAGAUACGAUUUCGCUGAGAAGAGCCUCUGACACGGGCAUGGGUUUUGCAAGAGUUUUGGUGGUUGAUUAUAGUACAGAUUCACACUUGAGCAGUCUAUUGUACCCCUCAACGUUGGUAAAUGAAAAUCAGGCAUACUCUCUGGCUUGUGUUUGGAUGAA